GCGCGUAUAUUGCGUAAGGCACGCGCGCACGCACACACACGCGAACGAGCACGAGCGAAGAAAAGCAACGGACGGAGACGGGAUAUUAGAAGCAGAUUUUCAGUUUUGUGGGGUUUAUAAUUUUUUUUUUAAUUAUAUAUAAUCUUAGGAUUUUAUAUUAUUUUUUAAAAAGAAAGGAAUAAUCGGAGUGCAUGGAGUUCCGGGGAGCGGAAGGGCAGCGGUGGAAAUCAGCGUUUCAAUCCGGUGAUUGGGAAAACCUCAUUCCACUCGUUGGUUGAAGGCGAAGCGAGCCGCCAUGGCUGCUGCUGGAUCUCCUCCUCAGUGUCCGACAGAAAUAUGAGACUUAUCCUGGAUUUAUAUUUAUAAUAAUUUAAAUCUGUUUUCCAGGCUCUCAGCAGGGUAUUACAUGUACAGACAUAAUCAUUUGAUAAUAGGAAAUAGAAGAACCGGUGUGUUCGAGGCCCGGUUUUUCUGAUUCAGUACAAUCCAGCUAAAUAAAAUAGAAGCGUUUAGAGUUUAUAGUCUUUCAGGAAGAAUAAAAUAAGCAAAUAAAUAAACAAAGAAACCAAACGACAAGCAGAAGCAAGACGACAGGAAACACGGGCUGGGAAGGAGUUAGUGAAGAAAGACCCCUGUUUUCUGGUGAAUAGGAUUGGCUUUCAUCCGGUCCUCCAUUUUUUUUUACCCCAGCAUCCCACUGAGGGGGUAAAAGUCGAGGUUUCAGGCGGAUAUUUACACCCACGAGCAGGGCCGAGGCGGUGUAGAGGACUGCGAGUAUGUCGGGGCGGCCCCGGACCACGUCCUUCGCGGAGAGCUGCAAACCCGUGGCUCAGCCUUCAGCCUUCGGGAGCAUGAAAGUCAGCAGAGAUAAGGAUGGCAGUAAGGUGACUUCAGUGAUGGCGACUCCAGGCCAGGGCCCCGAUCGGCCUCAGGAGGUCAGCUACACAGACACCAAGGUGAUCGGGAACGGCUCGUUCGGCGUCGUCUACCAGGCCAAACUGUGCGAGUCUGGGGAGCUGGUUGCCAUCAAGAAGGUCCUGCAGGACAAGAGGUUUAAGAACCGUGAGCUGCAGAUCAUGAGGAAGCUGGACCACUGUAACAUCGUCCGCCUUCGGUACUUCUUCUACUCCAGUGGGGACAAGAAGGACGAGGUGUAUCUGAACCUAGUGCUGGACUAUGUCCCCGAGACCGUGUACAGAGUCGCCAGACAUUACAGCCGAGCCAAACAGACCCUCCCCAUGGUUUACGUCAAGUUAUACAUGUAUCAGCUCUUUAGAAGUCUGGCCUACAUUCAUUCAUUUGGAAUCUGCCAUCGAGACAUCAAACCCCAGAACCUGCUGCUGGAUCCCGAGACGGCCGUCCUCAAACUCUGUGACUUUGGCAGCGCGAAGCAGCUGGUCCGUGGAGAACCAAACGUGUCCUACAUCUGCUCGCGGUACUACAGAGCUCCCGAACUGAUCUUCGGUGCCACCGACUACACCUCCAGCAUAGACGUGUGGUCAGCAGGCUGUGUAUUGGCAGAGCUGUUGCUAGGGCAACCGAUUUUCCCUGGUGACAGUGGAGUGGAUCAGCUGGUGGAGAUCAUCAAGGUUUUGGGCACGCCCACCCGUGAGCAGAUUCGAGAGAUGAACCCCAAUUACACAGAGUUCAAGUUUCCUCAGAUUAAGGCCCACCCAUGGACUAAGGUGAGUCAGCAGGUGUUCCGGCCACGCACACCUCCUGAAGCCAUCGCCCUGUGCUCUCGUCUGUUGGAGUACACACCCACGGCUCGGCUCACGCCGCUCGAGGCCUGCGCACACUCUUUCUUUGACGAGCUGAGAGACCCGAACAUCAAACUUCCCAAUGGGCGGGAGAAGCCAUCGCUGUUCAACUUCACCACUCAAGAAUUGUCCAGUAACCCAUCUCUGGCUACCAUUUUGAUUCCUGCUCAUGCACGUAACCAAGCAGGUGCCUCCACCCCCACCAAUGCCUCCAGCACUACAGAUGCCAACAGUGGAGAACGUAGUCAAACCAACAACACAGCCUCUGCCUCCGCCUCGAACACCUCCACCUGAGUGUCCCGGCUAAUCGCCCAUCCAUCCCUACCCAUCCGGCCGACGCCCUGCCCCCUGCCCAGAUCAGUGGGUGGGGUUUAAACCAUCCAACCACAACACUUCAUGAAACUGCAAGAGCCAAAUGAUAAUUCCAGUGCUUUUAGCGCUGUCCAACCCAGUUCCUGGACACAUAAAGAAACGUGAAAGUGGAGAGAGUGAGAGUUGAGCAGAGGCACAAAGGGGAGAACUCGCACCAUCAAUCCUGUGGACAAUCUCUAAAUCAAAGCAAUUCAGUAGCCAAAUCCAUCUGCUUCCAUCUCAGUUUAGCGAGCCUGCUGUUCAAAUGGCCUGCCCUCGCUCUCGCUCCCUCUCUCCCCCUCUCAAUCACAGUCUUAUACACACCGUCUGUCUUUCUACAUCCACAUCCUCCCUUUCACAUUGUUUCACCUGUUAGUGCAUGGCUUGAAUUUGGUUAGGAGCACUCAGUAACAGGUACAGGAAAUCGCUAGGAGCAGCGUCUUUUGUAUCGUUAUAUAUAAUAUAUAUAUAUAAAAUGCACUUGGACUGCAAAACAAACGAAGUAACACAACAAGCGUGCAUGUCUCAGCAACAAAGCCAAACGAAAACAAAAACAAAAUCGCAAUGCGCUCGGAAAAAGUUUUAGUCGAGUUUGGAAUAUUUACAUAUGAUUUUUUUUAUGUUCUGUUAUUUUAUAUUGAGAAGGGGGGGAUUUUAAGGGGUGGGCAAGGGGGCGGGGCAGACGUUUUUGAUUGACAGACUUGUCUCUUUCUGUGUUUUUGUAUUUUAUAUAUACAUAUAUAAAUGCAUACACAGUUUAUAUAUUUCUUUGCGUUAUGUAUAAAAAGCUCUAUAUAUAUAUACGUGUGUAUAGGUAUAGUGUGUGCGUGCAUAAGCUUCGCCUCCAGGUUAAACGUUUUCCGAACCAAGAAGGUUUUAUAUACAUUUGAUUCACGAAGACUUCAAACGCUUUGGGGGUGGAGCUUUUGCCCCACAGCCAAUCAGCCACAGACUGAUAAAUGAUGUAUGUAUGAGAAUGAAUAGAAUCCAUACCGGAGGCAGGAGCGCUGUAAUUUCUAGCUUCACAUGCUCUAAAUUUCACUUCGCUGUAAAACUGUAGAUUAUUUCCUAAUCCUGAUAUAAACGCUUACUCUUUUCUCUUUGUUAGGAUCAGCAGUCCUCAGGUUUCUUUGUGUAGCGAGUUCUGUGAAAAAACAACAACAAAAAGGGUUUUUUGGGUUUAUUUGAAUAAAGCAAUCCAUGGAAGGCUAGACUUCGACGUGAUUGUGUUCAGUUCGAGCUGAACUCGAGCGGUCCCGUGACCCCGCGUCAGCCUCAAUGCCGAUCGUCCAGCGUCGUGACCCGAGGAGCCGAGCAUUUAAUGUUUUCCUUGUUCAAUCGUCGAUACCGUGUAGAUGUCGUAACCACUACUUGAACAUUCGUAAUUUUUUUUCUCUCUCUCUCUCACUUUUAACAUCGUUUUAAAUGGAAAAGACUGUACAUUUUAAUCGAUGUCUUAAUACAAACAUGUAAAAGUAAAAAUAGGGUGUAAAUACAGUACAGCACAGUUGCCCCUCGCCAAAUUCUGGCUUGUGCGUUUCGUUUUUGCCGUGUAUGUACAUAUGUUGACCUGAGAACUGUUACCAAGCAAAAAAAAAAAAAAAAAAGGAUAAAAUCUUAUAAAAUGGUGGAAAAAAAAACAGAUUUCAAAAUUUUCAAAAAAAUCAGGGCGAUUCUGAACUUUGUUGGAAACUGUAGAUGAGGAGCUUUCUUCAGCCAUAUAGUUCAAUUUUCUCUGUACAGUAGGUGCCAGCUAUAUUAUUGUAAUGAUAUGUAGUAACUCUAUAGUGUAUCUAGAGUUUGGAGUGCCUUUGCUUCCAUUCACUCAUCUGUUCCACACACACACACACACACACACACACACUUCUUUUCCCCCUUAAACUUCCUCCUUUUACUUGGACAGUACUGUAACUCACUGUGAUGCCCCGAGUGUUUGCUGUUGGUCUGUCAGUGUUGAAGCUCUUCUGGCCUACCUCUUUAUUUACCUUAUAAACCUGGUCAGUGGUAACUCUGAUUAUUCAAACAACCUGAGGAUUCAAGCCCCGUUAUUGCCAAGCUGCCACUCUUGGGGGGCCCUUGAGCAAGGCCCUUAACCCUCUGUUCUCCAGAGGGGUUUAACCUUGCACUCUGAUCCCAGCUUCCUAAAAUCGCUGGGAUAUGCAGAGGAAGAAUUUCACUGUGCUGUAAAGUCCAUGUGUUUUUGUUUGUUUUUAUCCUUAGAAAGAAAGAAAAAUCUUUUGGAGUUGAUUAGUGGUGGUUCAAGUAAAAUCUUUGAUUGUUUUUGUUUUAUUUUUUUUUUGUGUAGCAUAAAAAAGGCAAGGUUUUAAACGGUACUAACUCUAUUAACUAUUUAAAUUAUACAAUUAUCUGAGCUUUAAGCUCAUACAUGAAAUGAAAGGUGUUUUAGAUUUGUUUUUAUUAUACCGGUUUUUAAUUCAGACCAAAGUGAUCAGUUUUCUUUAAAAAAACAAAACAAAAAACCCCCACACAACCAGACAAGUUUUAUACAACAGUUAGUCUCGGUGUUCAGAUUGUUCUUAUCAACAAAUUUAGCAACAUUGAAAAGUUACUACGCUUACUAUAGACACUCUUGCUUAUUUUGUUUAAUUACACCCUGGAUUUUCUUGAUUUCUUUUAAAUUUUUUUUUUUUUGGGAGGGUUAUGGAUAUUUGUUAGAUAGUGGAUGAAGACAUUGUGUCUUAAUGUAAGUGUAGGGUUGUGUGCGUGUUGAAGAUGACUGAGUCUGACCUCAACCCCCGGGUCAUUGUGUCCUCCCUAAGGGGCAAUAACUCCUUGGAAUGCACGCACUUGUUGUGUCUGCCGGCCGACAGCAGCACUUUCACGGGGCGUCACGUAGCACCCACUAUCCUCCAUUCCUCCGCCUCCCUCUUUCCCUCGUCCUGUGUGAAGCUCGCUUUGUAAAUGAUGCAUUCAUAGACACGUUACUUUCCACAAAACCAUGUGACCACUUCUUGUGACUAAAAAGAAAGUCAAAAUAAGAGUAAAGACAGGUUUAAAAAUGGCAGAAAAAAAAUAACUAACAUGAAUAAACUAUUGUUAACUAUAUUCAGACAUUAUAUUAUAUACAUCAUCAAAAAAGGUGUCAUGGUUUAAAGUGAAAAUAAAGAAAAAAGUACAACCUG